UUUAAAUAUGGUGGCGCGUCCAAAAAGUAUAUAGGAUUGAAAAUAAAAGGAAUAAGUUAAAACUAAUGCAGUUAUAUUCUUUUUAUUAUUUCUCAAUGACAAGUCAUGUCCCAUAUACAGUGCGCGUGGCACUGUAUUCGCAAGUGGCCUCGACGCCAAUUAACAACAAUGGUAGCUUUCAACCAAUGGCAAAUCAGUAACAAAACUGAGAGAUAGACAAGCGGAACCUGUUGCGCGAGCGCAGCUUAAAAGUACACACGGAUGGGAAAUAGCUGCAAAAGACUAUUCUGUGUCGACGAAGAAACAAUAGACUUAAGCAACGAACUCUUUUCUUUUACCAUGGCCAAACUGAAUCAAUGACGACAGCCACAAAGAGACCCACGCACACACACACAUUAAACGUAAAUAAACAAGUUAUAACUUGAUCAUGAUUCAGUUACGCUUGCGCCCCAUCGUUUUGUUACUGCUGCAGUUAUUUGCAUUAGUCAGCAGCGAAUACGUUUAUGGUGAGCCCAAAUUCAAAUGUCCCAAGAAACCACAAGUUCUAUAUCCCUGUCUGUGUGUAAACGGCAGCGAUGCUGGCAUUUUUGUUCGUUGCGAAAAUACGAACUUGGCCACGCUCUCGGUGGCCCUGCAGAACUUGGCUUCUCUGCAGCUGCCAGUGGAGGAGCUGACCAUAUAUAAGGGAUACUUUGUGCGCCUAUUCGGGCCGCUUUUCGCGCAUAUUAAAGCGCGCGUUUUGACCAUUGAGGAGACGCCACUUGCCACCAUUGAGGAUUAUGUAUUUUAUGGCAUGAACAAUACAUUAGAGAAAGUCAAUUUGCUGCGUACGAAUCUAAGUCAAGUUGGGCAGUUGGGAUUUGGCAUAUUGGGCAAGACCCGAGAAUUGGUAAUCGAUGGACAUGCGUUUGAGCAACUGCCCAAAGAUCUGUUUUUCGGCCAAGAAAUUACCAACAAGCUCGAAAUUAUGCGAUUAACAAAUGGCCUGUUGAGUGAUCUGCCCGUGGAGACGUUCCAGCCGCUGCGGAAACUGAAAACAUUGGAUUUGCAUGGAAAUCAGCUAGAGAAUCUGAAGCGAAACCAAUUUAAGAAUCUGCGUGAACUGGAAUUGCUUGACAUAAGCCAUAAUAAAGUCAAGAAACUGGAGGCACAACACAUUUCGGAUCUAACAAAGCUUGGCUGGUGCAAUGUCUCGCACAAUGCCCUAAGCGAACUCAGCCGUGGCACCUUUGCUCGCAACUCGGUGCUCAAAGUUCUCAAUCUAUCACACAACAAGAUUGGAAAACUGGAUGCAAACAGCUUUCGAGGAAUGCGAUUUCUGCGUCGUCUCUUUUUGAGCGACAACGCCAUCACAGAUGUGGGACGUGGCACAUUUGGCUCUGUGGCACGCAUCGGCACGAUUGAUCUGGCGCGCAACAAGCUGAAGAAGAUUGAAUAUCAAAUGUUUACGCAAAUGAAUUAUGUUGAGCUGCUGGACUUGGCUGAGAACAAUAUAACGAAAAUUGAGAAGAACUCGUUUAAGGACAUUUACCAGGCCGUCAUCAAUGUGUCGCACAAUGCCCUGGAGUUGAUUGAAACUGCUGCCUUCGAGAAUUGCGUUAAUAUAACAAAACUCGAUCUCUCACACAAUCGUCUUGUCAACUUUUCGCGCCGUAGUUUCGAUGAAACCACCUUCGCUACGGAGUUCCAACUCAGCUAUAAUGGCUUUACAAAUUUGGCUCAUAUACCUAUUCAAAAUAUGUCUGGACUGCGCGUCUUGAAUGCCUCACACAAUAACAUUACGGAAAUACCCAAAAACUGUUUCCCCAAACUAUAUGAGCUGCACACAAUCGAUGUUUCGCAUAACAACAUAUCUUUCAUAUUCAAUGGCGUAUUUCAAACCCUUUUCUCGCUGCGCUCCAUCGACUUGAGUCACAACAGCAUGCGGGAGAUUAAAUCCUCGACAUUUGGUACAUUGCCAACAUUGCUGGAGAUGGACUUGAGCCACAACAAGCUCGUCAAUAUUGUGCGCGGAUCGUUGGCUAAGCUGACAAGCAUGCGGCAAUUGUAUUUGAACAAUAAUAGCUUGGAAAAGCUAUUCCAAUUGCCCAUCUCUUUGAAUGAGUUACAUUUGAGCCACAACAACAUAAGCUCGAUACCAGCAGGCACCUGGCCAGUUAUGAAUUCUUUAAUAUAUUUGGAUCUCAGUCACAAUCAGCUGGGCGACAGUUUGGAUGGACAGAGCUUUACGGGCUUGCUGGUCGUGCAGCGCCUACUGCUGCAGUCAAAUGGCAUCAGCAAGCCUCCAUUGGAGGCGGUGUCUGUGAUGUCAACGCUACAAUAUCUAUACUUGGAAAAUAACAACAUUAGCGUGCUGGAGCGAAGUGCAUUUGGCAAGCUGCCAGUUCUGUUUGAACUCAACCUUUACGGCAAUCAGGUCUCAGAUAUUAGCAAACGGGCGUUCGAGGGGCUGCUCCAGUUGCUCACACUGAAUCUGUCAAGCAAUGGCCUUAGACAACUGCCAAAUGAUAUAUUCAUUGGAUUGCCCUCGCUUCGCACGCUCGACCUGUCCCACAAUGCCCUCUCUAAGCUGGACAAUAAGACGCACGGUGUGCUGGACGAUUUGCUUAGUCUGGAGACACUUAAUUUGAGUCACAAUCGCAUUAGUUUUGUGACCAAGAAAACCUUUCCAUCCCAUCAGUAUAUACCCUACAAUUUAAAGUACCUGGAUCUGAGCUACAAUCAAAUGCCCGUUCUUACCUAUGACAUAACCUUUGGCACGAAGAAGCUACUCAAAUUGAACGUGUCCAACAACCAAAUCAACGAGCUGCGUCGCGGUGUUAUAUCGAACUUUACAUCGCUUCAAUCGCUGGACUUGUCCCACAACGAGUUGUCCAAUCUGAUGUCCGAGGAGCAUAUUUUCGAUCUUCCCAAGAAUCUGAGCAGCCUGGACAUAUCGCACAAUCAAAUCUAUCAUUUGCCCUUUGCCAAUGUGGUCAAGACGGUGUCCCUAAAGUACGUUGACCUGAGGAACAAUAACCUAGAGGAUAUACCCGCCACGCUGGUGGCCACCAUGACCAAUGGCAGCCAAGUCUUGUUAGCCAACAAUCCGCUGUAUUGCGGCUGUAACAUGCGACCAUUGAAGCAUUUUAUGCUGCAACAGACCACGCCUAGCGAGGACUUGAGCAACGUGCUUUGCCAGACGCCCAGCUUGGCCAAGGAUCAGCAUCUGUUGAACAUGGAAGAUGAGUACUUAAAUUGCAGAGAGGACGAGUUGGAUCUCUAUGCUGGCAAUGAGUACAAGCAGCUGACCGAUGUUCGCUUUCGCGAGGUCCAAACCAAUAAGGCCGGCAACUUGACGCUACGCUGGUUUGUCUCGGCCAUAGCAGACGUGGCGGACUUCAAUGUUUACAUACGAAGCAGCAGCAACGAGGUGUUGCACCAGGCGGACUAUGCCUACAAUGAGCGCAUGGCGGAAAUACCCGUUUCCGAACUGCAGUCCCAUGGCGAGGCGAAACUGGUCGGCGCUGAGAUUUGCAUUGUGGCUCGCGACAGCGAUGGAAACACGCGCCGCUGGUUCGCCGGCCAAUGUCAGGCGCUGCCCUCGCUCAAAUUGCCGAGGACCUUCUUCUUUGGCAACUUUAACGUAAGAGGCUCAGCCAGCGCCACAAAGUCACAAAAUACCUGCCUUUUGUACAUAGCUUUAACAUUGUUUGUUAUCCAUAUACAAUACAUGCAAUAAAUGCACGCGUAUGCAUACUGCCAGCACGCACAGUAAGGACACGCUCUGCUCUGACCUUACAGCUACAGCUGAAC